AUGUCUACCAACACGAAUGAAUUUCGAAGCGUCGAGCAAAGCGCCCCCCCCGCCGCUGCUACUCCUGCCGGCGGGAAGAGCGCGUCUAUCCCAGCGGUACUUGGCACGAUGUCUAUCCCGGAACCGUUGGAUACGGCGGCGGCGCGCGAGGCUCUGGAGUACUUUCACGCCGCCGGUUUCGACGAGAUCGAUACCGCUAUCCUUUACCAGGAUGGGGCGACGGAGACAACGUUAGGCGCGAUCGGCGUGGAAAAGUUCCGCGUCGGGGCGAAGGCCAACCCGUGGUACAAGACCGACGAGUCCCACGACUUCUUCACACCGACGUAUGGCCUCAGGCCCGACCUCGUCAAGGAGCAACUUCGCAAGUCCAUCGAAGUCCUGAGGGUACCUUCUGUGGAACUGUUUUACCUUCACGCCCCUGACCACAACACGCCUAUCGAGGGGACGCUUCAGGCCGUUCACGAGCUGAAGUCCGAGGGGCUAUUUCGCGAGUGGGGGUUGUCCAACUACUCCGCGUGGGAAACGGUGGACAUCUGGCAUAUCUGCAAGCGAGUGCGGGCUUCCGGGCAUCGUGCGCCGAACCUCACGAGGGAGGUAGAGCGGGAGCUGCUGCCCGCCCUCAAGAAGCUCGGGAUGCGGUUCUACGCCUACAACCCCCUGGCUGGCGGGCUGCUUUCGGGGAAGCACAAGUUCGAGAAGCCCCCGGAGGACGGAAGGUUCAGCACCACCAGCUUGUGGGGAUCACUGUACAGGGCCCGGUAUUGGCGCAAGGAAUUGUUCGACGAGAUCGAAAAAUUGAGGUCGAUCUGCGUCAAGCACGACACCGACCUUGUGUCGGCGUCCUUCCGGUGGAUGCGCCAUCACUCGAGCCUCACCGGAGAGAGCGGAGACACGGUGAUCAUCUGCGGGUCUUCGGUGUCCCAGGUCAAGGGAAACGUCGACGCCUGUCGAGACGAAAACCCCCUUCCCAAGGACCUGGUGGACGGAUUUGACGCCGCGUGGCAGUCGGCCAAGCCUCACUGCCCUUCGUACUUCAAGUGA